GACGCGCGUCGGUGCGGCCUGGACUGGCCCAUGUCGGUGUGAGGACGCCGCCGCCGCAGCCGUCACCCCCUCCUCUCCGGCCGGCCUGCAGAGACGCGCACCAUGGGCUCCAUCCUGAGUCGCCGCAUCGUGGGCGUGGAGGACAUCGACAUUCAGGCCAACUCGGCCUAUCGCUACCCCCCGAAGUCCGCAGGAAACUACUUCGCUUCACACUUUUUCAUGGGAGGCGAGAAAUUUGACACCCCCCACCCUGAAGGCUACCUCUUUGGAGAGAACAUGGAUCUAAAUUUCCUGGGCAGCCGUCCAGUCCAGUUUCCUUAUGUCACCCCUGCCCCCCAUGAGCCAGUGAAGACGCUGAGGAGCCUGGUAAACAUCCGCAAAGACUCCCUCCGGCUUGUGAGGUACAAAGAUGAUGCGGACAGCCCCACAGAGGACGGAGAGAAGCCCCGCGUGCUCUACAGUUUGGAAUUCACCUUUGAUGCCGAUGCCCGAGUUGCUAUCACCAUUUAUUGCCAGGCAACGGAGGAGUUCUUGAACGGCAUGGCGGUGUACAGCUGUAAGAACCCUUCUCUGCAGUCCGAGACUGUCCACUACAAGAGAGGCGUUAGCCAGCAGUUCUCCCUGCCUUCUUUCAAGAUUGACUUCUCCGAGUGGAAGGAUGAGGAGCUGAACUUUGACCUGGACCGAGGUGUGUUUCCAGUAGUCAUCCAGGCUGUGGUGGACGAAGGAGAUGUUGUGGAAGUGACUGGCCAUGCUCAUGUGCUCUUGGCUGCCUUUGAGAAGCAUGUGGACGGCAGCUUCUCCGUGAAGCCACUAAAGCAGAAACAAAUUGUGGACCGGGUCAGCUACCUGCUGCAGGAGAUCUACGGCAUCGAGAACAAGAACAACCAGGAGACUAAGCCUUCUGAUGACGAGAACAGUGACAACAGCAGUGAGUGUGUGGUGUGCCUGUCAGACCUGCGGGACACGCUGAUCCUGCCCUGCCGCCACCUGUGCCUCUGCACUUCCUGUGCUGACACCCUGCGGUACCAGGCCAACAACUGCCCCAUCUGCCGGCUGCCAUUUCGAGCUCUCCUGCAAAUUCGGGCUGUGCGGAAGAAGCCAGGGGCCCUGUCUCCCAUCUCCUUCAGCCCCGUCUUGGCCCAAAGUGUGGACCAUGACGAGCACUCUUGUCCCUUUAAAAAAUCAAAGUCGCACCCUGCCUCCCUGGCCAGCAAGAAACCUAAAAGGGAAACAAGUUCUGACAGUGUCCCACCUGGCUAUGAGCCCAUCUCUUUGCUCGAGGCACUGAAUGGUCUACGGGCUGUCUCCCCGGCUAUCCCAUCAGCCCCACUCUAUGAGGAAAUCACCUACUCAGGCAUCUCGGACAGUCUUUCCCAGGCCAGCUGUCCUCUCGCUGGACUCGAUCGAAUCAUAGAAAGUGGCCUACAGAAGGGCAAGCCACAGAGCAAGUCUCCGGACAGCACCCUGCGGUCUCCAUCUUCCCCCAUCCAUGAGGAGGAUGAGGAGAAGCUCUCGGAAGACUCAGAUGCUCCUCUCCCACCAAGCGGUGUGGAGCUGGCACUGCGGGAGAGCAGCUCCCCUGAGAGUUUCGGGACAGAGGAGGUGGAUGAGCCGGCCCUAAAGCAAGGGAGCCGAGCGCCCUCUGUUGAUGAUGUCCUGCAGGAUGGCAGCCCGCAGCACCAUGGUUGCAGCCAGCCAGUCCCUCCUGCUGACAUCUACUUACCAGCCCUGGGUCCUGAGUCGUGCUCUGUUGGUAGAGAGGAAUAAGCUGGAUGGUCCACCUCCAUGGAGACGCCACACAGCCUUGGCACCACCAGCUCCCCCUGGCCUCUGCUGAGUGGCUGUAGUCCCGAGCCUGGAGCCACUGAUCUUACCCCACUCUGAGAGCCUGGACUCCAGCAAGACCCUGGCCUCUCCUGUCUGCACGCCUCAUGUGGCCACUGGGCUUCGAGGGCCCACAGUGAACCUUGAUCAAAUUGCACAGUGGGUUGUUCCUCCACUCCUUUUCUAUGGUCGAUAUAUUUGUAAAUGGUACAAGAUGAAGGACAGCGGGCUUCUCCGUGGGCCACAGGCCGUAGAGGGGCUCUCCCCAACUGUCAAGGUUGAUACUUUGAGCACUUAGCAAACCAGCAGAAGAGAAUCAACCCGUGGAGUGAUGUGUCAUCUUCACAAACAUUCUGGAAGGUGGGCAACCCAGGUUACGGUUGAUGAAGGAAACAGUGCCUGUCUGCCUGUCCCAUGUGUGUCUCCCAAGGCAGCCACACUGUCACUGCUGCUUUCACCUUAUGUUUGUCCUGACCGUAGGUGACCUUUGUUGGCGCCUCCAGGUCCCUUCCUGCUCUGCUCUCUCCUAGUGGCCUCUGGCAGCUGGGGCAGCUGGAGGCAAGGCCUAGGUAGUCAGACUGUGUUAACCACCAGUCAUUUGCAGUCGGUAUCCAGUACCCCUCACAGGUCCUGCCUCCCCCACUUCCUCACAUGCCUCCAAGACAGAGAUGUUCCUGCUUGCAGGUCAGUGCCGCCCACCUCCUGCCAGGGAAGAGCCUGAGCAGCCUCCUUAGCAGAUCCAUUGCCAGUCUUUUUGUGU